CAGAGCAAAACAAUGAAGGCGAUCAUUCAAAGAGUCACUAAAGCAAGCGUGACAGUUGGAGAGGAACAGAUAAGCUCCAUCGGGCGAGGACUUUGUGUUUUACUCGGGAUUUCUGUGGAAGACACACAGAAAGAUGCUGAAUACAUCGUGCGUAAAAUCCUCAACCUGCGCGUGUUUGAAGAUGAGAACGGGCGGGCGUGGAGCCGUAGUGUCAUGGAUAAGGAACUGGAAGUGUUGUGUGUCAGCCAGUUCACGUUACAGUGCAUCCUCAAAGGCAAUAAACCGGACUUCCACACCGCUAUGCCUGCGGAAAUGGCCCAGCCCUUCUAUAACAGCAUACUGGAGCAGAUGAGGAAUACCUACAAACCUGAGCUCAUUAAAGAUGGACAGUUUGGGGCGUAUAUGCAAGUCCACAUUCAGAACGAUGGACCGGUUACCAUAGAGCUGGAGUCACCUUCGGCUCCCGCGGACCCUAAACAGGUGGCUAAGCUGGAGAAACAGCAGCAGAGGAAAGAGAAGACGCGGCCGAAAGGGAACUCCGACUCAGGCAAAGACAAGGCCACCCAACGACCCAAGGACCCCAACGCCAGCAGCGGGGCGGAGGGCGACGUGUCGUCCGAGAGGGAACCUUAACGCUUUCUAAAGUACGUCCCAGAGGGAACCUUAACGCUCUCUAAAGUACGUCCCAGAGGGAACCUUAACGCUCUCUAAAGUACGUCCCAGAGGGAACCUUAACGCUCUCUAAAGUACGUCCCAGCUUUUCUCAUGUGUUUUC